GAGGGACGCACUCGCACUCGCGUCGUCGCCGGCCGCCGCAUCUCGUCUCGAACCCUGCAAUUAGUAGGCGAGAUUCGUUCGCCGCAUCGAUUCGUUACGAUAUAAUUGCUCCGAGGAAUUUUCACUCGGAAAAUUUUGGACCGCGUGUGCUGAGGCUAAGUGAGUGGGUUUCCGUGGAUGUAUGGGCUGACAUGAACUGCGCGUACUAUCAACAGCACGGGGGCUCGCACCCCGUACCGCACAAUGUCAACAAUAAUUAUUUCAACGAGGAACAUCCGAGCUUACGCGGCACGCCUCUGGCAAUGCUGGCCGCGCAGUGCAACAAAUUAUCCAGCAAAUCACCCCCUCCUCUGGCAGACGCUGCAGUAGGAAAAGGAUUUCAUCCUUGGAAGAAAAGUCCCGGUGCCCACUCCCCACCUGGAGGAGGCAGCACACCUCGUUCACAACCUCCAGCAUGCACACCGUAUGCUCGAGCGCCGACCUCCUGUGCUGCGGCGCCUACAGCUUAUGGCAAUGACCUUUACUUCCCAUCGUCUGGAGACCAACUUCUUGGCAAAAGUGAAUCUAGUGCGAGUCUCGGUUCUAUGUAUUCACGGCAUCCGUACGAAUCGUGGCCAUUUAACGUUGGAGGUGGUGGUAGCAGCGGUGCUCUUAAAGCUGCCGAAAUGAGUGGUGUCGGUGCUGUAGGUAGUACAUGGUGGGAUGUGCAUAGUGGCUGGUUAGACGUUGGUGGACAAAUGGCUAACUACGCCGGUCAGGAUUAUUCUCAACUCACACAUUCACUUUCUGGUGGAGCUCAUUUACUACCUCCUGCUCCACACCUUCUACAAGAUGCUUACAAAUCUGUUUUACCAACUCAAGGCUCUUUUGGAUUACAUGCGCCCGGAUCCCCUGCACCACCGGCGCAAGCACCUUCACCUCGAUCACAAAGGCGCUACGCGGGUAGAGCUACCUGCGACUGUCCUAAUUGCCAAGAAGCUGAACGACUCGGCCCUGCAGGAGCACACCUUAGGAAGAAAAAUAUACAUAGUUGUCAUAUACCCGGUUGCGGCAAAGUGUACGGAAAGACAUCCCACCUGAAAGCCCACUUACGCUGGCAUACCGGCGAGCGGCCGUUUGUUUGCAAUUGGCUAUUUUGUGGAAAGCGGUUUACGCGCUCCGAUGAGCUGCAGCGACAUUUACGCACGCAUACCGGCGAGAAGAGGUUUGCGUGUCCGGUUUGCAAUAAGAGAUUUAUGCGAUCUGAUCACCUCGCUAAGCAUGUGAAAACACAUAAUGGAGGCAAGAAGGGUAGUUCAGAGUCAUGUUCAGAUUCAGAAGAGAACAGUCAGGGCGAGGGCGGUGCUGGAAGCCGGUCGCCGGAGCACCCUCUGGACGUGAAGCCGAGCGCGUUGGUGUGACGGGGGCGUGCGGCGGCGGCGCUUGCUGUGCCGCACCCGCAUCACGCACCGCCGCUCCUGUGAUACUAGCGCCGCCGCCGCCGCCGCCACCGCCUCAGCCGCAGCUACAUGUACAUAGCACAUAUCAAACAUUGUAAAUUAAUGUGGACCUUGAUUAUAUAGACGAUAUGAUGCUGCGCGCAGUCGCAGCCAUCGUGUACGUAUUUGUUGUGAGACUUAAAGUGUUGUACAGUAUAGAUAAUGUUAAAUAAUAAUUAUCUCAUAUUAUUAUAGUAAUAAAUUGUAUGGUAAAUACUAAUUAGAUAUAAGUAGAAUGACACUUUAGUCCGAAAUUGCAGUAUAUAAUUUAUUCAAAACUUGUUAACAUCAAUUGUGACAUCAGUGACUAUCUAUAUAGUUAUUUAUUUUUAUUUUCUGUCAUCACCAAAUUAUGUGUUUUUUAAAUUUUUAUAUAUUACAAGUGUAAUUACCUAAAUGCAUUUAGUCCAUUUACUAUAUUUAAUAAAAUAAUGUGAAAUAAGUAAAUACAACUAACAGAAUCGAAAUUGUUUGAAGCCAUAAAUAUUCCAAAAUUAUUAUUAGUUGUAUCUUCUUAAAAAUAUUAUAUGAAUAAAUAAUAAUUUGUUAAAAAUAGUGUCUGUAUCAGAAAUUGCCAGCAUAAGGCGAACACCUAUAGCCGUCUUAUGUUUCUACACAAGUUGAAGAGAAGUACUACAAGUUUUAAACAGGCUACUGUUUAAAACUUCUUUGAAAAUAAUACAUUGUCCUAUAUGUUGUUUAAUAACUCAAAAGAUUUUUAUGUCAAAUGAAGUGCUAAUAGUUAAAUAGCUGUAAACUAUAACACAAAGUCAAUGUAUCGUUUCAGAGAUCGAAAUGAUCGUAGACGAAUUGACUUAAUAAAUAUAGAGUAUAUUCAUAUCUGCUAGAUUAUUAUGUACGAGCAUUUCUUUAUUUUAUUUAUACCUUUAUGUAACCCUAAUGAAGUUAACCUAUAAAAAUUCGUAUAUGCACCUAAUUUUCAAUUGACUCAAAAAAGAUGGAAAUUCCCAAUUUGACAAUUUUAUGUAAUAUGCUGCGAUAUCUUUGAUAAUUCUGAACCAAUUUUAAAUUUUUCCUUCAUCUUAAGAGUUUAGUCCAUGUUGGCAUCAUAGUAAUUUUGUCAAGACUGAAGUUGGUUUACUUUUUAUAAAAAGAAAAAAAAAACUAAAAUUAUAUAUAUUUAAAGACCAUGAUUAUAUAUAAAAAAAAAAUUGUUUCGUUAAAGAAAUGUCAAAAUAAUGCAAUCAUAUGGAAGCCUAUCAUUCUUAAAGUUUUGUUGGCUUAAAUUAUAAGUAGGUAUAAAAUUACUCCUAUAAUGUAUAUUGUACAAAAUUGUGCGAAUUAAAAAUGCCUGAUAUUGAUUUUAUAAAAAUGAAUAUAUUUUUUCCGAGUGGA